UGCUUCUAAUUCCCUGUCACUAAUAAAGCAUCAGAAAGCGACUUUGUCAUUUUGGAUUUAAUGGUUCGCACAAAACCCAAUGCAAAUGUUCAAACUAUCCAGGCUUUGACAAUGUGGUCUCAGAACCAAACAUUAGAAUGGCUUAAUGGUAAAUCAGAUGAAGAAAGAAAACAAUUGCUUGAAUAUUCAAGAACUAAAGUAACAUUAAUGAAAAGCAAAUAUGAUGAAAGAAAAGUAGCUCUUAAAAAAGAUAAAGCUAUGCACCUUCUAGCAAAGCAAGAAGAAAAAAAUCGAGAAGAAAUUAAACUACAACAUAAAAAGGUUGCAGCUUGUAAUGAUUUGAUAAAUUUAAAUGUAAGGGCUUGGAUAUCAUUAGAGGAAGCAGAGAAAACAGUUUUUAAUAUAGAAGUUUUUUGUAAAACAAAGGUAGAAGGAAGCAAAAGAAUAAACUUGUCUUCAGAGGAAUUAUAUCAAAAUCUUCUUAUUGUUAUUCAAGCAAAUUUAACACCAAACAAACAAUCUUUAAGUAAUAAUAUAAGUAAUAAUUUAAAGCCUCGUACAAUGCGUGAUGCAGCUGUUGAAAACAAAAAAAAAGAAUUAAUGGAAAAAAUUCAGGAUGCAAGACUAAACAAAUUAAUAGAGCAACAAAAAAAGCACUCUUUAUCAAAAUUUAUUAACAAUCCAUCUGAUUUUGUAGAUUUUUCUAUACAACAUCGUGUUAGAGAAGAAGAUGCUCAUGAAGUAUCUUGGGAACGUGCGCAAGUGGUUCAAAUUGAUCAAUUAAACGAUAGAAGAACUACAUACCUUGUUAAGUAUGAUAAUGAACCUGAUGAAGUAUGA